AUGUCGGCCGCUUCCUGGAGAGCUCACUUCACCUUCAACAAGUACACCGCCAUCUGCGCGCGUGCCACCCGCCAGGCGCUCAAGGAGGAGUCGCGUGCCACCGCCGAGCGACGAGGCUACAUGGCCCUCCGAUACCAGGAGUGGAAGGAUGGCAAGGCCAGCGAGAACCUUAACCUCGCUGAGGAGAAGAAGCAAUAA